AUGGCAUCCCAAAUUACUCAAUGGUCCGUGGAAGCCGCAGGUGCCCCGGAAAUUUCGGGAGAAACUAAACCUAGGCGCAAUCUACUUUGGGCAGACAAGCCUCUACUCGCUCUCCCGCAAGAGGCCUCCACUUUGGUCGAUGCCUUCCAGCGUGGAGUCAAGAUAAGCGGCCCCAGUCCCUAUCUCGGUCACCGUGUGGUUACCAACGGAGUGGCUGGACCUUACGUCUGGCAAACGUACAAUGAGGUCAACAAGAGGGUCAAAAACCUAGGUUCUGGCUUCGCCAACCGUGGAUUGACGGUUGACUCGUCCGUUGGAUUGUUCUCCAUCAAUCGGGCUGAAUGGAUCAUUGCCGAGCAAGCGGCAUUCUUGAACUCAUGCAUUACCGUCCCACUGUACGACACACUCGGGGCUGAGGCGAUUGAGUUCAUCUCCACCCAGACAAAGAUUCCAUUGGUUGUUGCCACCAAGGACAAGGUUGCAAUCCUCCUGAAAAUCAAAGAGAAGCUUCCCAGUUUGAAGCAUAUCGUUGUUAUGGACGGCGCUGAUGAAGCGCUAAUCAACUCUGGCAAGGAGAAGGAUGUUGAGAUCAUUGGCAUCCUGGAACUGGAGCGCGAAGGAGAGGAGAAGCCUCUCACUGGCACACUUCCCACGAAGGAUUCGAUCGCCACUAUUUGCUAUACGUCGGGAACAACCGGGCAGCCGAAAGGGGCCAUCAUCACACACGGAAACCUGCUGAGCUUCUGCGGUGGAUGUGAAGCACUGAACGGCACUCCGCACGCAAUCGGUUACAACAAGGAUGACAGCUACAUGUCAUACCUCCCGCUUGCUCACGUUUUUGAGCGCAUGGUUUUCGUCUGUCUGACCUACGAGGGAGCUCGCCUUGGAUUCUUCCAAGGCGACACUUUGAAGCUUCUGGAUGACGUUAUGGAGCUCAAGCCCACCAUGUUUGCUUCCGUUCCCCGAUUGUACAACCGAAUUUACGACAAGGUGUUCAAUGGUGUGAAACAGAAGGGUGGCCUUGCUGCAACACUUUUCAACAAAGCUUACGCCGCAAAGAAGGCCAACCUGGCCAGCGGAACGGUCAAGCACUUCCUCUGGGACAAAAUCGUCUUUGGAAAGGUCCGCGCUCGUCUCGGAGGGAGAGUUCGAUUGAUCUUGACCGGCGCAGCCCCUCUCAGUGCCGAUGUCAUGGACUUCUUGCGGAUCUGCUUCUCCGCUACUGUCCUCCAGGGUUAUGGCGCCACCGAAACUUCUGGCGCGUCCACUUCCACGGACUUGCUCGAUGUCACGUCGGGCCACAUCGGAGGCCCGUCACCAAUUUGUGAAGUCAAGCUUGUUGACGUCGAGAGCAUGGGAUACACCGUGAAGGACCAACCCUUUCCAAGAGGAGAGAUUCUUAUCCGGGGUAACAACAUCUUCAAAGGAUACUACCAAAGUCAAGAGAAGACCGACGAGGUUCUGACCUCCGACGGUUGGUAUCGGACUGGCGAUGUCGGUCAAUUUGACCCCAAGGGUCGAUUGCAGAUCAUUGAUCGUGCAAAGAACAUCUUCAAACUUGCGCAAGGAGAAUACAUUGCUCCCGAGAAGAUCGAGAUGGUAUACCUGAAGCACGAAGCUGUUGCCCAAGCAUUCGUCUACGGCGACAGUCUGCAGGCUGUCGUGGUCGCCGUCAUCGUCCCUGAUGAAGAUACCUUGAAGCACUGGGUAGAAGCGAAGGGUCUUCCCGUCAAACCGUUCGCAGAGCUUUGCCAAGACGACGACGUCCGCAAGGCUCUGUUGGAGGAUCUCACGAAGUACGGUCGUGCUGAAGGGUUGAAGGGGUUCGAGCUCGUCAAGGAUAUUUACCUUGAGACUACUCCAUUCUCGCCUGAGAACGGCUUGCACACUCCGACGUUCAAGCUGAAGCGUCAUGAGGCUCAGGCAAAGUAUAGGAGCCAGAUUGACGCCAUGUACGCCAAACUCUCCGCCACUGCCUAG